GAGGGGAGAGGCCUGGCAGUGGCUGGGUGACCGGGCCCGGAGUGGAGUAACAGGACUGUCACCGCCCGGAGGAGGAGAAGGGGAAGAGGAGGCGGCGGCGUGCUGCCUGUAGUGCACACCCGGAACCGGAAAGGGUCUGACUCAGCUGCAGCAACCAUGUCUGACAAUGGAGAGCUCGAAGAUAAGCCACCAGCCCCCCCGGUGCGGAUGAGCAGCGCAGUUUUCAGCUCCGGGACAAAAGAUCCACUGUCCAGCAAUCACAGCCUAAAGCCACUUCCUCUGAUACCUGAAGAGAGAAAAUCAUCAAGAAACAAAAUCAUAUCAAUCUUCUCCAGCAAUGAGAAAGUGGGUAAAAAGAAAGAGCGUCCUGAGAUCUCCCCUCCCUCUGACUUUGAACACACUAUACACGUGGGCUUUGAUGCGGUAACUGGGGAGUUCACGGGUAUGCCGGAACAGUGGGCACGGUUGCUGCAGACUUCAAACAUCACCAAGCUUGAGCAGAAGAAGAACCCACAGGCUGUGCUGGAUGUACUGAAGUUCUAUGACUCAAAGGACACUGCCAAACAGAAGUAUCUUAGUUUCUCUGCACCUGAUAAAGAUGGCCUCCCUUCUGGUGCAUCACCCGCUCCAAACGCAAAAGGUUCUGAGCCUGCAAGGACCGCAACAGAUGAUGAUGAAGAUGAUCCGACUCCUCCAGUUAUUGCCCCACGACCUGAACAUACAAAAUCUAUGUACACACGAUCCGUAAUCGACCCAAUUCCUCCACCUGCUGGCGAUGCAGAUAGUUCAGCAAAGGGUGCAGACAGGCAGAAAAAGAAGACAAAGAUGAGUGACGAAGAGAUCAUGGAUAAACUUCGAACUAUAGUGAGCAUAGGUGAUCCCAAGAAGAAAUACACCCGGUAUGAAAAGAUUGGACAAGGCGCCUCCGGGACGGUCUUCACUGCUACUGAUGUAGCCACUGGUCAAGAGGUUGCAAUUAAACAAAUUAAUCUUCAGAAGCAACCUAAGAAAGAGCUGAUAAUAAAUGAGAUCCUCGUGAUGAAAGAGCUGAAGAACCCAAAUAUUGUGAAUUUCCUGGACAGCUUCCUGGUUGGAGAUGAGCUGUUUGUGGUGAUGGAAUACCUAGCGGGAGGGUCUCUCACUGACGUGGUGACGGAGACCUGCAUGGAUGAAGCCCAGAUAGCUGCUGUGUGUAGAGAGUGUUUGCAAGCAUUGGAAUUCUUACACGCCAAUCAGGUCAUUCACAGAGACAUUAAAAGCGACAAUGUACUCCUAGGAAUGGAUGGGUCUGUCAAACUCACUGACUUUGGCUUCUGUGCUCAGAUCACCCCUGAACAGAGCAAACGUAGCACCAUGGUGGGCACCCCAUACUGGAUGGCGCCAGAGGUGGUCACCAGGAAAGCUUACGGUCCUAAGGUAGACAUCUGGUCGCUUGGUAUCAUGGCUAUUGAAAUGGUGGAAGGAGAACCACCUUACCUCAAUGAGAACCCUCUAAGGGCUUUGUAUCUGAUUGCUACUAACGGCACCCCAGAGCUGCAGAAUCCUGAGAAGCUGUCUCCAAUCUUCCGAGACUUCCUGAAUCGUUCCUUGGAGAUGGACGUAGAAAAGCGAGGGUCAGCCAGGCAGCUCCUACAGCACCCGUUCUUGAAACUUGCUAAGCCACUGUCCAGCCUGACGCCUCUAAUCUUGGCUGCAAAAGAAGCCAUGAAAGGCAACCGCUAACAUCCUAUCAAGACCUUUAUGUAAUUCUCCCUUUGUUCUCUUAACAAUGUUAACGUCCUAUAAGUGCCACUCUCGCUCUGCUCACAGGCACCUGAGAGGGAAAGCCAUCAGCAUUCUGUGAAGAGGCCGGGAAUGUAGAUGCUCUCUCCUUGGCCGUGGCAGUGACAGUACUGGGAAGGAUACGGCUCUCCCAUGCUGUAUAUCUUUCCUCCUGGCAGAAAAAUAAAACUGAGUUCUGUUUGUGGCCUUUUCAAAAACCCUCUAUUUUGGGGUUUCGACUGCAUUAUGGGAAUGACCUUAUAUUGUGCAUCUGUUCUUACCCUCGGAGGACACCGCUUCUGUUCUCUGGCCUUUGCUUGAUACUUGAAUAACUCUCAUGCCAGUGUCAGAGUUUCUGUCUGUCUCUUUGCUGCCUCUUUAUAUUCCACUCACUGUCCUUGUGCCUGGAUUUACCAUUGCGUCUUCGGUGAUGGGAAAUGUGCCUCUGACAGGGAAGUUGUUUGUACUCCUUAAAAAUCUUUGAACAUGUCUUAACUCUCUCUCAAAUAUUUGGGUCGGUUUUACAGUAGGUAGUAUACUACGGAUGGUGGGAAAGCGAGGACCGCACGUUUAGUGUGUGCCAUGCUCAAUGAUUAUUCAAGAUAGCAGCAGCUCCUGUAGCUAAUACGGACUUUUCCCAAUAAUCUGAAAGUGCUCUUAACGUUACACCCUGGAAAACUUGCAGAAUUAUUUUAUUUUUCUGUAACCUUCCUUGUGACUUUUACAUCAGCGGGAAGUAGUGCCAAAGUCCCAAUAGUUCACUGUGUGUUUUCUAUUUAAUGCUUGUUUUUCCCCCUUCUUUUAAUACUACUUGGUCAUUUUGCCACUUUGUGGGUUGAUUUUGCAAAUUCUGUAUGGUUUUACAAACGUAAGUGCCUGGGUCAGGUCUGUUGUCUGUAUGGAAAACCUGAGCCACCAGUAUUCCUAUACAUCUAGAGCAGUUAGGUACAACCUGGUAACUGAGCUACCACUCCUGAUUGAAUGGAUAAUUCCGUGAGUUACCCUAUCGUUUUUUGCAGUACAGUAUAUUAUGUCCCAGAAUCCCUUCUGAUUUCUUACUAAAACAUUGGAUUGCUAAUAGAGCAAUUAUGUCUUGCAUUCACAUGUAGACCCAAGUCUCAUGUGAAAUUAUAGUUACCAACCAAUAUAGUGUAUAUAGGAAAUUCAACACUGGCAAUAGCUGGUGUGGGUUUUUAGUUUUUUUUUCUUUCUUUUUUCCGUUUUUAUUAUUGUUCUUGCCUAAUUGGAGAAAAGGGAAUUAUAGUAUGCUGAAUGACAUCAUUUGAUGUCCUAGCCCUUGUUAAUAUUUUCUUGCCUUUUAAUUACUUCCCGUUCCACCCUGUUAAACUAUGUAAGUUGGGAAUCUCUAUGAAGGUCUGUGGACAUUUCAUUGAAGGUCAACCUUGCCAGUAUCAUCAGGACUGGAAGCUAAACACCAUAUUACACUCUUAUGGAAGACAAUAUCCCCUCUAUUGUGCCUUUAAUUUCAUAUAGAAUGCAAUUCUGUGUUUCUGGUUAAUAUGGUGUUAUGUCAUUAUAACAUAUCAGACAGUGCAGUAAUUCAUUUCUCUGUAUCAGUAGAUUAUUGUGCUGGGUUCUGUGUUAUUACUGCAAUGGAAUGACCUGUUCUACUAAAUGCAAUGAUUUGUUUGCACACUCUAAGCUACUACUCUCAGGGGCUACUACGUCCCACAACUGUAAUUUGCUGCCUGUCCUGUAGGUGUCACUUCCAUAGUCUUUGUGCCCAUGUCCUAUGCUAUGCAUUCAUAGUACUGUGAUGGGCUUAUUUAUCGCAAUUAACUGUCACAUUCUAAAGACCUUGCUAUAAAAACAGACACUCAUUAUGGUCAUUGAGUUACAGUGAAUAGAUAUUUACACACCCACUCAGUAUGAACUGAAGCCAUUGUGUGAGCUGAAUACAUAUCAGAAGAAGCAUUUUGCUAGAAACAUCACUAAGGCUGGCCAGUUACAAAGCAGUAUUGCCCAGUUACAGUACAUAAACCCAUUGCCUGUUCACAAUGUGAUCAUUAUUGGGCUAUGUUUAUAAAAUUACCACUUUUGCCUUGUGUGCACACACCAUUCCCUUCUGCUCAUCCUGACAGAGCUCUGUGGUCCCAAGGUGGUCUGGAUAGUUGGCCUGAGCACCAAACAGCUGGCUCUGAAUGCAUUCUUGUGGAAUUCCCAACCCAUAGAAUGGCAUCCAUCCUCUAUAAUGUGUAUAUGGUGGGUACACAUUACUAUUACAGGACUCUCUUCACAAAACUGUCAACUUUGUGCUGAUGAGCGGAGAUCAAGGGCUUCCCUUAAUAAGAACUUCAGAACUCUUUGCAUAAAAUGCAAAUAUACCAGUCAAGGAAUUAUGUAUAUUUGUUAAAAUGUUUUUGCUUUACUCCUUUUUUUUUUUUUUUUUUUUUUUUUGCCACAAGGUUCUGAACACUCAGUGUUACUUAGGUAAAUAUGAACGACACAUUUGCCUGAACAUGGUCGGCCAUUUUUAAGUUUGGAAUUCUUACAUAAUGCCAAAAUCUCCUCCUCCUCCUCCUCCUCCUAUAUACCCAAGGAGUCUUGUUGAACUGUAAAAUGAAAAUGUAGAUUGUUUCAAUAUUCUGAAGGGCUCUGCGUUCUGCAGUGUAUGUCAUUUUCUAGGUCAAGAUUUUCUAUACAGCUCUUAGAAUUGACAGAACGCCGGCCAGCGGUCCGUGAUUCCUGCUCAGUGUAGAAAGUGUCAUGUAUGACGACGACAUACUGUAUCUGAAUAAAGUGUGAAGAUAGCUGUAAUUAUUUCAACGUAAGAAUAUAAAAUGUAAUGCUUUGAAAUGCUUGUAAAUAGCUAGGAUUUAGUGGUUGAAUAGGUGAAUGGUUAUGUGUCCUUUGUGAGUUUUUGUAGGACAAUGCAUUAACACAAACUGAGGGCAUUUCUAAUAUAAGGUUUCUUUGUAUUGACAACACCCUGACUCCUCAUUAACAUUUGAGACUUGAAGGGAGAUCUGGUUUUCAAAAUGAGUAUAUAAAGUUUAUUUAGGGUUUAGAAAAGUUGUGUUGCCAUUCCAUUGAAUCAAAGGUUCUACAAAAGUACAGUAACAUUAUCUUAGUGAGAACACCCCAUAAUGUAGCUUGUUUAAAAAGUUUGUGCUGCUUCUCUGAUGAAUCAAACAGCAUUUUGGGGGUCGUCUUAGUCCAAACUAUACCACCCCAAAACUAUACCAUCUUGCUUGCUCUGACAAAUUGUGAGACCUCAUAACGGUUAGUCACAGCCAAUUAGAUCCUAUAUUUGGCUUCUUCUCGUCAAAGCACCUGAAAUACUGUACGUUGUUUAGAGAUGAAUUGGGCUCCAUGAAACUGCUACCGUUGGGGUUUGGUGAGCGGCGGUCCGGAUCCCAGCGGUCAGCAUACCGACCGCCAGAAUGUCGGAGGGCGGGGUGUGCGCAACGAAGCCCAUUGCUCGCCACAUGUUCUAUUCCCACUCUAUGGGUGUCGUGGACACCCACGAGUGGGAAUAGCCCUGGGCCCCCUGCCGGCAUUCUGACUGUCGGUCUCCUGGCGUCGGUAUGCUGACCGAACCUUGUUAAUGUUAAUAUCCCAAUUAGAAUGGUGAGGGUGCUGGGAAUCCCUUUAUGGGGACAUGUUAUUUCUAUAGUUAGAAGAGUGGCCUCAGUUCAGUAUGAAUCCACGGAGCUCUCGCCUUUCCUAUAUUUUACGGUCUCUCCUCCUCCUCCUCCUCCUUGUAGCUUUGCAUGCAGAUGUUUCAUAUUCGUUAUUUUGUGGAUUCAUUUUCUGCAGUUCUUCCUUAUCUGUCUUGUUUAAUUUAUCCCAUCUUUUUAUUUAAUUGUUAAUUUUUACGGCAAUAACUACUGAAUCAUUUGUGUGCGUCAACUUUGCUUGGAAUAAACUUUUUGUUUUAUUUUAAUAA